AUGAUGGCUGUCAGACCAGAAAUGGCUGGUGCAAUCCGCAAGUACUCUGAGCCUGUGACUGGCGAACUGGUCAUCCACCACCAAGUCCAAUAUCUCGGUACCGACCGAAGGCUUACCUAUUCUAUGCUCUCCCAGGGCAAACACCUCCAAACACUGUUUGUUCCUGAUGCCGUCAGCGAAACGGUAGCUCCACAAUCCCUCUUCCACUACCUAAGUCAAAGGCGUCGAUGGGGCUCUAACGCUUACUUCAACAAGUACUUUUACCUUUCUGGCAAAAAGAUGAUUCCCAUCACUCGCAUUGCUGCCUCUAUCGAGGUUAUUCGUCUAAGUCUUGUGUACUAUCGCAUUCUCAACACCGCACUAUUCAUUACUAGCUGUGUCCGUCACAUCACAGCUCUCAAGUUGGUUCCUAUGCUGGUCGUUGGCCAACUACCUUCACUAUGGUUCUUUUGUUCAAUCCUCCUUGAGCCUGUAUUGCGCAAGCGAGGACAUAAACUUCUCAUUGGAUAUCUUAUGAACAAAUUUGCUACGAAUCUGGGAAGCCAGGUAUGGGGCGUGUCUGGAGUCACGGCAUCAUCAGCAGCACCUCCCGCUGCUGCGCCUGGAAACGAAGAAGGAGAAAACAAGAUUGCGACAGAUGCCCUUGAUGCAGCUGAGAGGGGGGAGGUGGUCCCGUCGAUGAUUCAAGACACUGGAGGCCUCACCAAACCAGGGCGUGCUCGUCUGAGGGAUGAGUGUGUUGACGUUGAAGCCGUGCCAAGAGUAAAGGCUGCAACCCCCUUUGGACCGAUAUACUUCCUAUUACGGAUUUUCUUUCCGAUGCCUCUUACUCGACAGUGCUUUUCUCGCUGUGCCAUUUUUGUUGUUGUUGGCUGUUUCGUCAUCGUUGUUGUUGCCUGUGGUACGUACUUCGGUUUGGCAAAGAGACAGCAUCACUCGUUCGACUGGACGACAAUUGUCAGUGAUCGGGGAGAUGUGCUUCCUGAUUUUAGCUUUGCUGGGUACCACAACUCGACGAUGAUACUACGGAACGGAUCCAGUGCCAACAUCACCCUUAUUUUCAAUAGUAGUAUUGAUGAUGUGAAGCCGCUGAUACAAGAGGCUAUUGAUAGCAUUGCAGCUUCAGGUGGUGGGACUGUUAUUCUGCCCGAAGGCAGAUGGUCCAUUACUGCCGGUAUCAAUAUCACCAAUGGAGUGGUUGUCGCUGGAGCUGGAGAGAACAAGACAGUAUUGGUGUUGCAAGAUCGUCCGUCUCAGCCAGUCUUCACUCUCGGCACACCUGCAAAUAAUACAAGACCCCGUUAUGGGUUCAGAUCGAACAUUACCAACCAGUAUCUGCCCAUCGGUUCAUCUUCUGUGGAUGUUAUCAGCAGCGAUGGUUUCGCUGUUGAUCAGCUGGUUUAUGUCUCUCGGAAUGCCACGGAAGCGUGGAUAAGAGGCAACGGAAUGAACAGUCUCGUCCGAGAUGAUGGUCAACAGACAUGGUUACCAGUGGACAAGAGAAUGCUAUCACCCAAUCAGAUUAGCAGCAUCUCUGGUUCAAAUAUCACUCUGAGGAUUCCUUUGACGGAUAAUUUUGACUCAAACUAUGUUCAACCUGAACUAUUAGUCUAUACUCCUCCGUAUGCCAACAAGGAGAUUGGCAUACAGGAUCUUGGGGUUGAAGUCCCUGACACGUGUUCUGGUGCACCAUUCAACGACAAGACUUGCAACUCCGCUGCUGUCUACUUUCCAUCCUGGACUGUUGAUAGUUGGGCGAGUGGGCUUUCUCUCAAAGGGUUCAACAAGUUCUUCCAGGUUGACCAAGAUGCUUCUCGCAUCACUAUUCAGAACUGCACAAUGGACCGUGAUCAAGAUAUUCAAGGAGCUGCUCUUCCUUUUGACAUUAUGAUACAAGGGUCUCAGAUCUUGGUACAAGACUGCUCGCAAAAUGGGAUACCAUCGGCAAGAUGUUUUACUGUCGGUACAGGGUCCUUGACACCUGGGCCGAACGCUGUUCUGCGGCACAAGACUAAAUCUGAUGUUCAAACUAUAUAUCCACAUGAGCGAUGGGCACAUGGAUUGUUGGUGGAAGAUAGCUCCGUGAAAACUUUGUUUGUAGAUCGAGGUAUCAAAGGCUCAGGUCAUGGGUGGUCUAUCAAUGGUGGUGUUGGGUGGAACCUCGAUGGGAAUGUCGACUUCGAAUCGCCGCCACUUGGCAUCAACUGGUGCGUCGGUUGCGGAGGAAAUGGCCAUGAAACUAAAGGGAACGCGACUUUCGUUGAGUCGGGUAAAAGAGUCGAACCUCGGAGCCUAUUCAUGGCGCAACUGGAAGAGCGAGGCAUCCAUAGAUAUGAUCAAGGGGACGAGGAAACCGAUGAGUAG